CGCAAAGUUCCCAAACUGUGAGCGGCACCGCAAUCUCGUGUCAAUGAUAUGAUUCAUUCAUCCUCUCAAAGUCCAACAUAUUCAUAUAUCUAACCGACAUUGUAUAUCAUCUUGUAUCUUGAUCUUGUCCAUAUCUCUUGUACGAUUUGCUCUUUGUAUCGCUAUGCCUAGAGGAAACAACAACAAUCGUGGGUAUGGAUUUCCUAGAGGCCCAGGUCGUGGCCGAGGUCGCGGACGUGGGCAUGGACAUGGAGGACGUGGACGAGGACGUGGGCAAGACUAUAACGAUGAUACACCUCGAGGAAACUACCCUCAUGGUCAAAACGAGAUAGAUAUCGCAAUUCAGGUCUGGCAGGAGCCAUCAUUAUCGAACAACUUGUCGAGAAGUAGGACUCCAUCGCGCGGUCGAGGAGGACUUGGAUCGGGAUCGGGAUCAGGUACACCUCAGCGAGGAGGAAACACCCCUCGUCGUGGGAUGGGUACCAGAGGUAGAGGACGAGGACAAGGAACAUCCGACGCUCCCAGAGCACGACCAGGCUUCGGCCACAACAGAAAUGUACCAAACGCACCUCUCUCAAAACUCCUCUACUCUGAACGACCAUACCUCAAACCUGUGAUAUUCGUGCCAUCGGUGCUUACGAGGACGUUGUUUCAUGAGGAAGAAGAUAUUCUGCAGCCUGUGGCUGAGAGUGCCGGUCCGAGUGAAGAAAGCCACGUUCCUACUGCAGAUCGCGUUGCUCGCGUGUUCAGUGGAGCAACUCUUCCCCCUCCAUCCUCGUCAUCUUCAGAAGACGGUGUUUCUGAUCAUGAGGAGGAAUUGGAGGAGGUCGACUUUGCUGAUAUGGGAAAUCUGUUUCCUCAGCUUCAUACUACGAAUCAGGCUUCGACUAGUACCCGGGUUUCACAUGCACAAGUCGCUUCUUCACGCGAGGAGGUGUUCACCGGGAUGUAUAACAAGAGAAAUUACUCUGUCGCAACUCCCUCAUCCCAGCGCGCAGAUGUAUCGCCCCAAAAACCUAACCCCAUAUCUAUUGAUGCGGUGGUCAGUGAGGCAACCGCGAUUACUGUACACAGCGUCACUACGCUAGAGCAUUCAACAGCUGCCCUAGUGAUAACCAAAGAUGACGAAAUAGUCAUCGAUAAACCAGGCACCAUCACAUCCUCGCAAUCUCCCACAGCACCAAUAUCAAGCGAAAUCGCUGUUUCCCCUACACGUCUUCCUGAAGACGAUAUCCCCACCUUCUUCGUGGAUACAGAGGCUACUAAACCAUUUGCGCAUCGCGCCGCCAGCGAUGUCGUGCUCUUUGAUCGCACCGUCUGGAAUGGCGCUCCUCUUGGAGAAGAUGACGAACUUAUCGUAUAUGUUGCGCCCCACCCACGAUCAGGGCAAGCUUCGCCCAUUCCUAAUGUUCCUCGGGUACGGUUACCCUCGAGGUCUGUACUGACAGGUACUACCAGUCCCAUGCAAACCUACACAGGGCCCGUGGCGCACGAGGACACAAUCGAUAAUAAGAGUCCUCCAGUUCAGAGCGAAGCUCCCCAGUUCUCCUCCGUUUCGUUCGAUUUCGCUACUCCCAGCACGAAGAAACCGUCCCGUCAGAGACCGAUCUUCACUCCGGGCGAUCGCUCAAAAGCGAGGACGCAAGCAAGGAAACAAGAUGCUCGAGUAGCUCGUAAGCGUGCUAAACGUCAGGCAAUGUUUGGAUCCUUCGGCGCAAUACUUUCUGAAGCGAGAUUGAGAGAUGCUGAUGAACGGGAGCGCAAGAGUGCUCGAUGGGAGUCUCGGCGGAAGGACGAUUCUGAUGUUGAUUUUGGCGAUGACGAUGACGAUGAGAGUGGCGCUCCGGUAAAUGAUGGUGUCGACGAAGUGUCUACUGGACUAGGGGAGAUGGAUCUAGACCCAGAUCUUGAACCAGAUUUGGAGGCUAUGAAAGGCUUCGUUCAGAGCAUGAGCGCGGAGGGAUCGCGGCAUCGCACGACAGAUGAAAUCCAGGACGAGGAAGAAGACGACGGAAGUGACUCCCAUGGGAACUAUAAUGACACAAGCGAUGAAGAAGACAAGGAAGAAAACGCGGUGUUUGAAGUUGAGGAAGAAAUACUUAUUGCAGAGUCAGAGGGUGGAAGGCUUUGUGACCCUUCACGCUCAGAUCAUUCUGACGAAGCAGAUGAUUCGUCCGAUGAUGAGCUCAGUCCAAGAGCUAACUUCCAGGCUAGACUCCGUCGAGUCCGUGAGAAAUCCCGCUCAACGAAGCCAGCGACGGCUGCAGCUGGAAGCGACUCAGAAGAGGAGUCUGAUGCUCCUUUCCCACCAUGGAAUCGAGGUGAUUCCGACGAUGAUUACAUCGCACGAAUAGAGGACAUACUUGAAAUGCACAGCGAUAUAGCUGGCAGUAAAGACCGCAAACUACGCAAUAAACUAUUCCGUGCAAUACAGAAUGGUCAAUUCGAUCACGUCGACGACUACGAAGAAUUGGAUGGAUCCUUCAGCUAUCAGCCAGCGAAGGGCAAGAAAGACAAGAUGAGGGAAUUGCCCGCAGAGCUCCAAAAGAUGUGGGCGAAAGAUCGAGCCAAGAAAGCUGAAUACAAACGAGCUCGCGAGGAGGCCCGCCUUCUCGAUGCCGUCGAUCCCAUUUCUCCAAAGAAAGGCGGUAAGAAGGGACGCAAGGCGAUGCGGGCAGCUGCACGGCUGGAUCCGGAGGAGCUUGCUGAAAUCAAGAAUGCCAUUGUGGAUAUGGUGACACUGGAGAGGCAGAUUCGUCGCUUCAUUAGUGACACCGGCGGAAAGAACAACAUGGUUCUUCCUCCGAUGAACAAGGCGUCGAGGAAGGAAGUUCACGAGCUUGCUAACUCGUUUAACCUCAAGAGUCAAAGUAAAGGCAAGGGAAGGGGGAGAUAUACUACUCUCAUCAAGUCCACAAACAUGCGUGCUAUCGAUGAACGCAAAGUCAAGAGUGUCAUGAAGAAACAUGGAGGCCGAUUUGAUACGAUGCCUCGACACAAAGAUGGAGAUGAAGUUGGCAAGGCUGCUCCAAAGAUCGGAGAAACGAAUGUCGGGUUCAAGAUGCUUGCGUCUAUGGGAUGGGCAGAAGGAGACAGGAUCGGUGGCGAUGCGUCCACUGGGAUUGAUGCGCCUUUGACGGCUAUCAUCAAGAAUACGAAGCUGGGUCUAGGCGCUACUCGAUAGUCACCAUCUUCAGAGCGAAAUCCAACAUUUUCCCUGACUACAUCUUGACCUGAGCCCUGAUGAAGCACAGCGAGUUCGUCAAGGUUGGAAAUCUGAAUGCAAUGGUGUACAACUUCUCGCCUUCACAAGUCACAAACGUUCGCGUCUUAGCUCCAGCACACGUAUUUCUGCAGAGUCCUUGUAGACUUCCCCUGACAUAGCACAGCCCGAAUGUCACCUAGUGGACAUGCAGUAUGGAUAGCAUAUCUCGUUGUCUGAGCUCGGCCUACCAUAUAUUCCAGUGUUUUCCUGAAAAUAUGUUUCAUGAUAAUUAGUUCUCGAGGGAUGUACGAGUCAGUAUGGAAUGCAAAUAUAGGUGACUAAUAAGAAAGAAUAUCUACGAGAUAAAGAGGACUAGAAUUCCAAGACGAUAC